AUGAUAAUCAGAAGCACUGUUAGUCCAAUGCUGAAAAUUGGUUUUCAAUUAUUCGGCAUUUGGCCGGGUGUCUCGUAUUCUACCAUUCACAGUAUGAGUAUUAUAUCAAGCAUAUUGAUCAUACAGUACUUUCAGUAUUUGUACAUUUUUAAACACUUCAAGAUCAGUGAGAUCUCGAAUCUUAAUGACAGUUUGAAUUUAACUUUUACGUACGGUUUGACGGUAUUUAAAUUGAUUUAUCUGUGGAUACGUCGUCAAGUUUUUCAUCAAAUCUUGCUAGCUAUGGAUAAUGAUUGGCGCGAGUGCAUCAAUAUGGAUGAACAUUUGUAUAUAAUGACAAUUAAAGCUAAUUUAGCACAUUUUAUUUCCAAUAGUAUAUUGAGUGUUAGUACGAUUAUUGCGAUACCUUUUUUCUUAGGCGAGUAUAUAAUUCAUUCCGUAUUUUUAACUGAAGAUCAAAAUGAUACUUUACGGCCGCUUCCUAUGAAGAUUCAACUUCCCUUUGAUACUCAACAAUCGCCAAUAUUUGAGAUUGUUUAUGUGACAUUAUUUUUACAUAGUAUAAUAAUAUUUAGUAAAUCAAUCAUCAAUGCAGCAUACGAAUUGCCGUGGUAUGAUAUAUCGUUACAUCAGAGUAAAAUGUUAAUACUAAUAAUAAUGAGAUCUCAGAAGCAACUGACUAUAUCGGCAGGAAAAAUGAUGGAUAUGUCAUUCGAAACUUAUACAAACAUCAGCGAGUUCUCAAAUCUUAUCGAUGGCUUAUCUUUAACUUUAGAUUACAGUUUGACGUUUGUUAAAUUGGCCAGCCUAUGGAUACAUCGUCGUGUUUUUCAUAAAAUCUUGGCUGUUAUGGAUAAUGAUUGGCGCGAGUGCAUUAACAUUGAUGAGCAUUUGAAUAUGAUGAUAAUUAAAGCCACUGUAUCUCAUUUUUAUUCUAAUGCUAUGUUGAGUUUUAAUGGUGUAGCUGCAGUAUUGUACGUUUUGGGUGAUUAUGCAAUUCGUUUUGUAUAUAUAUCCAAAGAUUACAAUGAUACCUUGCGGCAGCUUCCUAUCAAGGUGCUUCUUCCUUUCGAAACAGAGCAAUCGCCGAUUUUUGAGCUGCUAGUUGCAAUUAUGUUUCUACAUAUAAUACUAGUCUCGUUAUUAGUCGCCGUUUUAAAUGGAUUAAUUUUUACUUUGAGUAUAUCAGUUGGUGAUGCAGCAUAUAAAUCGUUAUGGUACGAUAUGCCAAUUAAUCAGACUAAAAUUAUAUCAUUCGUGAUAAUGAAAUCCCAAAGGCGAUUGUCAAUCACUGCAGGGAAAAUGAUGGAUAUGUCAUUUGAAGCUUUAACGAAUAUAAUGCGCGCAACUUCCAUCAGCACUUCCGUCGAGAUUGGACUUCGCUUUAUUGGAAUCUGGCCGGGUUUGCAGUAUGGAACCGUCACUUGGUUCACAUACAUGAUGAGCUUAGUGUUUGCGUUGUACUUUCAAUAUGUGUACAUCUUCGAUCACUUCGACGUCAACAAUAUUUCGAAUCUUGUCGAUGCGCUUAGCAUUACGUUGGCUUAUAGUCUUAGUUUUCUAAAAUUGAUCUCUCUCUGGAUUUUUUAUGAUAUCGUGUUAACGAUGGAAGAAGAUUGGACUAACGUCAACAUUUACGAUAAAUCGGUAUCGUGUAUUAUGGCAAGUAAUGCCAAUUUAUCACGUCAUUGUUCGAACGUGUUGAUCAGCAUUAACGCUGCAGCUGCAAUUUGCUACUCCGUGACCAAUUUUCUACGUUUGUCGACCGAUUUUAAGGAGAAUCUGAACAUUAGUUCGAGAGUGCUGCCUGUAAAGAUGAAAUUUCCCUUCAAAGUUGACGUGUCUCCCCUCUUUGAGCUUUUAGCGGUCGGUCAGAUUCUUCAUGUAGUGUCAAUCGCCACUUUAGUUGGUAUGAUGAAUUGCUUGAUCAUUACGCUGGUACUUCACGUAAGUGGACAGAUCGAUAUUCUUCGCCGGGAAUUACUGACAAUUUGCGGCAACGGAAUUUCUCAGCAUGAUUCAAUCGUCACAAGUGUCAGGCUUGUGAUUAUCCGGCACCAAAAGAUAAUAACUCUUUCAGAGAAUAUUGAGGAGCUUUAUUCCGACAUCGCGCUGAUGCAGUUUUUAUCGAAUACCGUGGUCAUCUGCUGCAUCGGUUUUACCAUCAUAGCCUCUCUUGUUAGGGAUGGAGCCAUAGUGGUGAUUUUGAAAUCCGCUAUUUUUUACGUCGCCGUAACGUUAGAAGCUUUUAUCUUUUGUUUCGCGGGAGAAUACCUUAGCGCCAAGAGCAAAUCGGUUGGCGAUGCAGCCUACGAGGCACUAUGGUAUAACAUGACACCUGCCGAGUGUCGAAUUUUGUUAUUUGUGAUAUUAAGAUCGCAGAAGAGAUUAACGAUUACUGCUGGAAAUGUUAUGGAUCUUUCUUUAGAAGGAUUUACGAGUGUAAUGAAAGCAUCAGCUUCGUAUAUGUCAGUGUUGCAUGCGAUAAAAUCGAGAAUUAGUAACAACUUACCGUGUCAUUUCUAUGAAGAAUUGUCUUCGAGCUUGAUGAAGACUGAAAUAAAUUCGAAUACCGUGUGCCGAUCUAUGCAAUACAGUCUUCGUAUAACUGAUGUAUGGCCGGGAAGACCAUCCCGGUCGAAAAUACCAUUCAAAGGCAGCACUCCGAAAAUGAAUUCGAAGACCGAUUCCUUGAAGAUCCUCGAUGGCACUGUUAGUCGUUCAAUCGAGAUCGGUCUUCGCGUGAUCGGCGUUUGGCCCAAUUCAUCCUUCAUGGUCCUCCGUCGCGCUUUUUGGAUAAUCACUUUUAUGAUGGCACAGACCUUUCAGUAUCGAUAUUUCGUUAUACACGUUCGCACGGACGAUCUCUCGCAUCUGAUGGAUGGUCUUAGCACUACGAUGUCUUAUAGUCUCCUACUAUUGAAACUUACAAUAUUUUGGAUCAAUCGACGGAUAUUCCACGACAUUUUAGCGAUAAUGUCCCAGGAUCGGAGCGAGUGCAUGACUAAGUGGGCCAUCUACUCAAUGUCAAGGACAACCGAUAUGUCGCAUCGGUCUUCCAACUUGAUCAUUGGCCUUUAUUCGAUCUCAGUGUUUAUUUACGGUACCGGCGUACUUGUUGCUCACCCUGACGAGUCCGACGAACAACUUGCGGAGCAGACGCGAGAAUUGUUUCUUAAGAUGGAGCUACCUUUCGAGUCCAAUGCCUCUCCUAUGUACGAGCUCGUAAUGAUCACACAGUUUUUUCAUCAGCUCUCAGCAGCCACAAUAGUCGGUGUAAUUAAUGCCUUAAUUGUCUCACUGGGCAGAAUGAUCGGCAAUGCAGCGUACGAAACUAAGUGGUACAAAUUAAAUCCCACGCAGAGUCGUAUUUUAUUAUUGUUAAUUUUAAGAUCACAAAGAAAGUUAACUAUUACGAUCGGAAAAUUUAUGGAGCUUUCCCUAGAACGUUUCACAACUAACGAGAUAGAUUCGACAAAUAUAGUGUGCUGGUCUGUGCAAUACGGUCUUCGUAUGAUAGGUGUAUGGCCGGGCACGUCGUGUGCAAUUUUACUUAAAGUCCUCAGCAUAUCAUCAAUGAUCGUGUUUCAAAUCUUUCAAUAUCAACACGUAAUCGUGCACUUUGAAGAGGAGGAUUUAAUGAUUCUCAUGGACGCACUAAGCGUAACUUUCGCUUAUACCCUUUUGCUUAUUAAAAUGCUUAUUUUUGCAUUUAAUUCUCGUUUACUGAACGAAAUUAUAACAUGCAUGAUCAAAGACUGGAAGGAAUGCGAUAUUUCGGAUGAGUACACGAUGACCAGAAUAGCUUAUGUAUCUCGUUGGGUCUCCAAUAUUAUAAUUUGCUCGCAUAUGACGUCAGUUUUCCUCUACGCGAUAGGCACAAUAAUGAAGAUCAAAAAUGAAAAUCAAACCGAUGUUCGAGAGCUAAUCAUCAAAAUGGAGAUACCUUUUAAGAUUGAGAGCACAUCAGUACACGUAGCUGUCCUUGUUAGUCAAUUUAUUCAUCAGACGAGUGCGGCUGGUAUGGUGGGUGUAAUAAAUUCCUUGCUAAUAAUAUUGGUUCUUCAUGUGUGUGGGCAGAUUGAUAUAAUGCGGCAGAAAUUGAGUGAAAUUACGCAGAAGAAUAUUGAGCGGAAGAACAUCGAGCAGGGUGUGAACGAAAACAUCGUAAAAGAUCUGAUCGUUCGACAUCAGCAAAUUAUCACCUUCUCCAAAAAUAUCGAAAACCUUUAUUCCAAUAUAGCACUGAUACAAUUUGUAUCGAAUACUCUGGUUAUCUGUUGUCUAGGAUUUCUUAUCGUGAUCUCUAUCGGUACCCCAGGCGGAUCAAUGAUGUUAGUCAAGUCCGUGUUUUUUUAUUUUGUUAUGAGCUUAGAAGCAUUUGUAUAUUGCUUUGUCGGACAACAUCUGAGCACGAAAAGUGAAAUGAUCGGUGACUCAGUAUACGAAUCAUUUUGGUAUGAAUUGAAUCCUAGUCAAAAUCGAGACAUCUACAUUAUGAUCAUAAGAUCCCAACAGAACUUGACGCUCACAAUAGGAAAAGUUAUGGAACUUUCUUUGAGACAAUUUGCCAACAUCCUUAAAGCUUCAGCGUCAUACGUGUCGGUGUUGCACGCAAUAGUAUGUUGCAUAUCUUCGAUGGCAAUAUUUCAGACCUUUCAAUAUUGGUACUUGAUCAUGCACUUUGGCGAAAGCAAUAUUUUCCUUCUCAUGGAUGUGAUAAGCGCAACUCUGACUUAUAGUCUUCUGUUUAUCAAACUGAUUAUUAUCAUAUUCAAUGUUAGUCUGCUGGAUGAUAUAAUAGCACAUGUGAUCGAGGAUUGGAAAAAGCGUGAUAUUUCUGACGAAUACAUGAUGAAUAGAAUGGCUUAUGUUUCUCGCUGGUUUUCCAAUUUCAUAAUCUGUUCACACGCAGUAUCGGUAUUCUUCUAUGCGAUGGGCACUUUGUUGGCCCACAGAAACAGCAAUCAAACUGAUGCUCGAGAGCUCAUUCUCAAAAUGGAAUUACCUUUCAAGAUCGAAACCACAUCAGUAUAUCUUACCGUUCUCAUUACGCAGUUCGUUCAUCAGGUAAGCGCUGCCAGUAUGUUGGCUGUGCUAAAUUGCUUGCUGCUAACAUUGAUUCUUCAUGCAUGUGGACAGAUUGAUAUAUUGCGGCAGAAACUGAGUGAAAUUACACGGAAGAACACUAAGCAACAUAUGAACGAUAUCGCAAAAAUACUGAUUAUUCGGCAUCAAAAAAUUAUUUCCUUCUCCAAAAAUAUUGAGACUCUCUUUUCGAACAUAGCGCUAAUACAAUUCGUGUCAAUUACUUUAGUCCUCUGUUCCCUAGGAUUUGUCAUCGUGACCUCUAUUGGUGUUCCGGGUGGAUCGCCUAUGCUAGUAAAAUCCGUAUUCUUUUACAUUCUAGUCAAUAUGGAGGCAUUUACAGUUUGCUUUCUUGGAGAAUAUCUCAGUACUAAAAGCAAAAUGAUUGGUGACGCGGCGUAUGAAGCGCUUUGGUAUGAAUUGAAUCCGAUUCAAAAUCGAGAUAUUCUCUUUAUAAUUGUAAGAUCACAGAAGUUUUUGACGCUAACGAUCGGAAAAGUCGCUGAACUUUCACUAAAACAAUUUGCUAAUAUCAUGAAAGCCUCGGCGUCAUAUAUGUCGGUAUUACACGCGAUAUAUUGA